GGGCCCUGGGAGCGGCGGCAUCCUGGUGGCAUUCGCGAUCCUGCUGGACAGCAAGCUCGGCGCCGGCUGGGGCAAGAAGGACAAGGGUCAGGAGCAAAUGAGGCGCCCCAAGUGGUUGAGGGUGUGCCUGGCGGCCACGAGGAGCCGCGUGCGCAAGUUCGGGCACGCCAUGAUCAUCAGGUGGAGGCCGUCGCUGAAGGUGCCACAGCGAGUGCUGGCGGAGUGCACGAGCAAGUCCCAGGAGGGCAAGGACGAGCAGAAGUGCAUCAAGGACGAGGAGCGCGAGACGUUCAACUGGGAGAAGGAGCUCAUGAUUCUGCAGUACCUGUCGAGCCCAGAGGGCUUCUCCCACGUCCUCAUGAUGGAUGCAGACGCCGCGCUCGUCAACCGCAAGCACGACACGCUGCGGCUCAUGGCCAAGGAGCUGGAGGCCAUGGGCAAGGACCUGUUCCUGUCCGACGAGGACUGGCAGGCGAGCGGCAAGGGCCGCAUCAACGGCGGGCUCCUCUUCGCGGCCAGCACGGAUUGGACGCGGCAGCUGUUUCAGAGCAUCGGGGGCUCGGCUCUGACGUGCAACGCCAACGAGCAGCUGUGCCUCAACGGCAUCAAGAACCGCGAGGCCUUCCAGAAGCACGCCGGCGUCUGGAGCGGGCAGACGUGGAACCGCGGCGGCUGCGUGCUGACGAAGUGUGGCCGCGGCGGCGGCGCCGCGAACGAGGAGAUGGGGCGACUACGAAUGAACGACCCAACCAUGGAAAUUAUGCAUUUCAUGGGCGGCUCGAAGAACGAGGCCGUGAAGGCGAUGUGCCUUGAAGGCGUUAACGUGACGGGCGAGCCCGCGGACGGGUACGGGCUCCAGGAGCACCCGGAGCUGCCAGGCGCCCCGAUAUGCCCGUCGAGAGAGGCCCUCGAGGACGGGCCCUUGCCGCGCAUGGACGUGCGCUUCAAGCUCAGGGGCCCCGCUGGCCACCCGCUGUUCGCAGACAGCUUGCAGGUGGGCUUCUUCCCCUGGCCCCCCGUCGAGCCCUUGGACUACAACAGGGUGGCCUUCGAGCUCAAGGACGACGACUUCCGAGGCGGUUCUUGGCAGGAGUUCCGCGUGUCCAUCCAGGAGGCCACCGGAAGGGUGGCGGCCUGGAACCUGAGCCAGGGCCGCGAGGAGGCCCUGUGGAAGGCCACGGAGGUGCGGCAGACGGCCAGCCCGACGGGCUUGUGGGGCGUCUACUUCCGAGCCGAGGAGGGCCUCGCGGACAACUUCGACCAGCUGCCUUUCCUGUUCGACAUUGCACUCCUCUCGUGA